UCUGUUACUCUUUCUGUUUCUCUUUAAAGAUUAACUAGCCUUGGCAUAUUAGCAUUUUCAAUUGAUACGUUUAGACAGUUUUCGGAUUGUUUUUCGUGUUGUAUUUGCUCAACUUCAUCUUUGCACUGUUUUUGUAACUGCAUAUCCAUAAAAUAUGUCUGAGAAAAAGAAGGUUUGUAUUGUGGGAUCUGGCAACUGGGGCUCUGCUAUUGCUAAAAUAGUCGGUGCCAAUGCAGCAAGAUUGGACUCAUUCAGUGAUGAAGUGACAAUGUAUGUUUAUGAAGAAAUGAUUGACGGGAAAAAACUUACAGAAAUAAUAAACACCACUCAUGAAAAUGUCAAAUAUCUCCCCGGCCAUAAGCUGCCACCAAAUGUGGUUGCAGUUCCUGACGUUGUAGAUGCAGCUAAGGAUGCAGACAUUCUUAUUUUCGUUGUGCCUCACCAGUUCAUCAGAACACUGUGUUCCAACCUACUUGGCAAAAUCAAAUCCACUGCUGUCGGCCUUUCAUUGAUCAAGGGAUUUGACAAAGCUGAAGGAGGUGGUAUUGACCUUAUCUCUCACAUCAUCACUCGACAUCUCAAGAUCCAGAUGACUGUGCUGAUGGGAGCAAACCUUGCUGGUGAAGUUGCUGAAGAGAAAUUCUGUGAAACUACAAUCGGGUGUAAGGACAAACAGCUUGGUUCUGUUUUACGUGAUCUCUUCCAGACAGAAAACUUCCGUGUCGUGGUUGUCGAUGAUGUGGAUACUGUUGAAGUUUGUGGUGCUCUAAAGAACAUUGUGGCCUGUGGUGCUGGAUUUGUAGAUGGCCUAGGUCUAGGGGACAACACCAAGGCUGCAGUUAUCAGGCUUGGUCUCAUGGAAAUGAUCAAGUUUGUGGAUGUAUUCUACCCUGGCUCCAAACUCUCUACUUUUUUCGAGAGUUGUGGUGUUGCUGAUCUCAUCACCACUUGCUACGGAGGCCGCAAUCGUAAAAUCUCAGAGGCCUUUGUCAAAACUGGAAAGUCAAUUAAAGAGUUGGAAGAUGAAAUGCUGAAUGGACAGAAACUACAAGGACCAUACACUGCCGAUGAAGUCAAUUACAUGCUGAGAAACAAGGGAAUGGAGGACAAAUUCCCGUUGUUUACUGCCGUCCACAAAAUUUGUGUCGGUGAACUAAAACCACAAGCUUUCAUCGACUGCAUCCGUAACCAUCCUGAGCACAUGGACUUUGAUGAAGAAACAGAAGCUGCCAUGUUGAAAACAAAAUUGUAACAAGCCAUAGUACCUAACCCAUACAUGUUGUGCCAUCCAUUUUAUAUAUCAUAUUAGAAGUAUGACUGAAUAUGUAAAUUUUGUUGGUGAAUAUAAGUUUUAUUAAUCUAUAUUAAUCAUUGUUAAAACUUUUUGAUAAAAGUAGACUAUAUUACGUAAGAUUAUAAAAGCCCUAUAAUUUUAUUUGAAAGUUGUGAGUGAUUAUUUUAUUUGUAUCACAUCAUAUCUUAUUUAUUUUUAAUAUGAACUAUUUUAUAGAUACUAAUAUUACCAUUACUGUUACCGAAUAUUAUUUUAAAACGUAAAUGUCUAAAAAAAGUAGUUAAACACUUAUUAGCUUACCAUUAGUCUCAGAAUCAGUCGUGGUUCUCUGUCAUAAACUAAACAUGCAAAUACAAAGAACAAAAUGCAUCAUGAAAUUAUCAUCAUAAUAUCUUAAAAAGUGAGAGUUUUACCCUUUGCACUAACUUUUUUACAUUUGACUCUCUUGCAUAGUGAAACUAUACUGUUGCUUGGUGUCAGUUCAUUUGCUGUUAUAGUUUCAUGGUGUUAAAAAAAGUUUCAAACUCAGAAAGUAAGUCUUGUCAAUUUUAAAUGUUUUACAGUCGCAUACUUUAAAUAUAUCUCAUUUGAAACUUGCUAACAACCUCUUUUUGAAUAACUGUUAUUUGUUUUUAACUAAAAUAAUUUUAUUUACUAACUCCAUUUAACAUUCAUUUUCAUAUUAAUUUUUUUUUUCUAUCCAUUAAUAAACAACUCUGCAUAUGAAUAAUAAUAUUUAAAUAAAAUGUUUCCAUUAACAGAAAAUGAUGGACGGAAAUAAGAUCAACAUGAAUAAAUUUGAUUAUUCAAUCUACUGAAUUUUAGGGGUGCCAAUUAUUAAAAGAUUUAUCUUUGUUGUUGUUGUUGUUGUUGUUGUUGCCUGAGCUCUUGUAGGUAAGGUGUUUGUGUCACCAUAUGCAUUCCUCCACCUUGUGUGGCAUCUUCAGUAAUCUCCUUAUCACUAGCACUAUAGAAUAUAUUUACAAAAAAUAUUUAUACACUUACGUUCACUAGUAUCGCGGUCGGGUUUAUUGGACAACACAACAUCUUACCUACAAGACCUCAGGCAACAACAACAAAGAUAAAUCUAAUAUGAUUCAAGUUCUUGAAACUCGGACGACAAAAAAUAUAUAAUUAUCAAAAGGUUACAUUCAAUAAAUUUUUGACCAGACUUGGUUUGGAUCAAUUUCAUAUUUUCUCCAGCGACCAAUAAUGUCCUCCUUUAUUAUGAAAGUAAAGCAAUUCUUAAUAUUCAUUUAGUAUCCAAUUAAGACAAUUGACAUAAAUUAAGUGUCUUUAGUUUAACCGAUUUAUUUUAAUUACAAUCGCAGAAUACAUUUCUGUAAUAAGAUCAAUAAGAACUGAAUAACUCUUCAAAUUGCAACCAGUGACAACAUCCAAAUCUUUUAGACUGUUUUUGUAAUAUUGCAACAUUAAAUAGUAGAAAUUCCAAUAAAAAAACUAUUUUGUGA